AUGAAUCAAGGACUUUCUGUGGAUGAACAGAUGUGUUCUACUAAAAUAGGGCAUUUUUUAAAACAGUAUCUGCCUAAGAAGCCCCAUAAAUGGGGCUUCAAAUUAUAUGUUCUCUGUGAUUUGAUGGGAUAUGCCCACAAGUUUGAGGUAUAUUCUGGACAAGAGAAUACAGAGAAACUCCCAGAUGAACCAGAUCUUGCUAAAUCAGGAAUUCACACAGUGGGAACUGUGCAACAAAACAGGAUACCAAAUAAUAAACUUCCAGAGAAGAAAAAUUUCAUGAAAAAAUCUGUGCUUAGAGGUAGUUUUGAGAAAAGAGUGUCUGUGCAUGAUGGUAUAGAUUUGAGUUGUGUUGCUUGGAAAGAUAAUAAGAUAGUAACCCUGUUAUCUUCUUAUUCUGAAGCAUUGCCUGUAACUAAAGUCAAUAGAUUUGACAGGAUAACAAAAGGAAAAAUUGAUAUUACUUGCCCGUUUAUUGUCCAUCAGUACAAUAAACAUAUGGGAGGAGUAGAUCUCAUGGAUAGCUUUUUGGGCAGAAAUCAUAUAAAAAUGAGAAAUGCUCAAGAAAGAGGUGAACCUAAAAAUAGUCUGCUUACAAUGGGCUAA